AUGGCACAACCCCCCCCAGGGGGGUUUAACAACAAAUGGAGGCCAUCUGGCUCUGGCACUACUUCCCAAAAGAGGAAGGAAGCCAGGGAAGCCAAGCAAUGGUCCUUCCUGGAAGGGGACAACCCUUCUGGGAAGAAGUGCUUGGAAAAGCACCUGGCUAGCUUGGAAGCAGCCAGAAAAAAGUGCCUGGACAAGCUCCAGCAUGCUGAGGAGGACGAAGCCUUGGAAAAGGCUGAGCAGGCACACAAGAAGGCCAUGAAAAAACAGAAGAAGGCCAAGCAGUCCUUGGAAAAGGAGUCCUUGGAAAAGGAUGUGGACAUGGAAGAGGUCAAGGUGGAGGCUGAGCCCUUGGAAAAGGGCAAGCCUGGGAAGCAUGGUCCCAGGAAGGCCUCCCUGGUCUCUGCUGACACCUUGGAAAAGGAAAGGCAGCUCAAGGCAAAGUUGCAUGCUUCCUUGGAAAAGGAAAGGCAGUACACGGCAAAGCUGCAAGAAGCCUUGGAAAAGGCCAAAUCUGCUGCUGGUACUGGGGCCAGCAGCAGCAGCAAGCCAGCUGGCCCCAUGCAGAGCAUGCCCCUGGACAUGAAGAUGCUGCCCCAGUAUGACAAGCUGUCCACCAGCAUGGCCAUCUUCAACCAGCUGGGGGAAGAUGGCAAAGUCGACUGGGCAUGCCACUUGGGCUGCACAGUGAUCUUUGAUGAUCAGCCUGAGAUCAUCAAAGAGGCCAAGCAGUGGGGGCUGGAUGCUUAUGGCAUUGCACACCCCAAGGCCAAGCACAAGGGCCAGUUUUGGACCACCUUUGCUGAGGCUGUGCUGGACUACUUGGACAAGCUGGCCCAGACAAGCCAUGAUUGGGAGCUGGGCUGGGUGGCUGCCAUCUUCUCGAGCGACCCAUCCUUCACCGCACUCUGCCCCGCACACAAAUCGGCAUCAGCCAAGCAGUGGGGGCUGGAUGCUUAUGGCAAGGGCCAGUUUUGGGCCACCUUUGCUGAGGCUGUGCUGGACUACUUGGACAAGCUGGCCCAGCCAUCUGGCUCUGGCACUACUUCCCAAAAGAGGAAGGAAGCCAGGGAAGCCAAGCAAUGGUCCUUCCUGGAAGGGGACAACCCUUCUGGGAAGAAGUGCUUGGAAAAGCACCUGGCUAGCUUGGAAGCAGCCAGAAAAAAGUGCCUGGACAAGCUCCAGCAUGCUGAGGAGGACGAAGCCUUGGAAAAGGCUGAGCAGGCACACAAGAAGGCCAUGAAAAAACAGAAGAAGGCCAAGCAGUCCUUGGAAAAGGAGUCCUUGGAAAAGGAUGUGGACAUGGAAGAGGUCAAGGUGGAGGCUGAGCCCUUGGAAAAGGGCAAGCCUGGGAAGCAUGGUCCCAGGAAGGCCUCCCUGGUCUCUGCUGACACCUUGGAAAAGGAAAGGCAGCUCAAGGCAAAGUUGCAUGCUUCCUUGGAAAGGAAAGGCAGUACAAGGCCAAGCUUGAAGAAGCCUUGGAAAAGGCCAAAUCUGCUGCUGGUACUGGGGCCAGCAGCAGCAGCAAGCCAGCUGGACAUGAAGAUGCUGCCCCAGUAUGACAAGCUGUCCACCAGCAUGGCCAUCUUCAACCAGCUGGGGGAAGAUGGCAAAGUCGACUGGGCAUGCCACUUGGGCUGCACAGUGAUCUUUGAUGAUCAGCCUGAGAUCAUCAAAGAGGCCAAGCAGUGGGGGCUGGAUGCUUAUGGCAAGGGCCAGUUUUGGGCCACCUUUGCUGAGGCUGUGCUGGACUACUUGGACAAGCUGGCCCAGUACCAGUAG